CUUCUUAUUCUUGUGUGUUAUUUAAAUCUUACGUUAUUUAAAAAUGGAUAAGGGUUGGAAGAUUCAGACUGCAAGCGAAAGACAAAGAAGCAAAAACGCUGACUUUUUGCUCAAUUUCUUUUUGGAUGAGGGAUUGGGAACGCAGCUGACUCAGGCGAUUCAGCUAAUGAUUUCCGAAGACAAAGGGAAUGUGUUUAAAAACAAAGUUGAGCAGGCAGGACAUAUACAGAGUAGUCUGCCUAGAUAUCAGGACGAUCAGUUCAAUGAACAAUUUGGUAUAAAACGCAGCAGCUUUGAUAAACUCCUCCAAGUAGUUGGAAAUGCUAUCGCUAGCGCAGUACAUGUUCAGCCCAAUUUGCAGAUAUCGCUGUCGGAUAAAUUACUUUACAAGCUGAUGUUAAUUGGCAGCAAAAAAUUCUUUCGUGAUGUGGGCGAGUGGUUUGGCAUAUCAAAGAACUCUGGCCAUGAGACAUCCGCUUUUGCCUCGCUGCUGCCUCGCUAUAUCAAGUGGUCAGCAGACAAUGUCUGUCAUCAACUUGUCAUAAGUAAUCUUCCUGGCGUUGUUGACAUUAUUGAUGAACUUUGCAUACCUCUUAAGCGAUCUGUGUAUGAUAAUCAUGGACAGCAUAAAUAUACAACGCUAGCACUGCAAGCUGUCUGUGAUAAUAGAAGUUAUUUUGUGGACGUCCAUAUCGACGUACCCGUAAUCCAGAGCGUUCUACUAAAAAGCGAACUCUUUGAACGACUUAUUGACAAACAGAAGCCGCUUGUGCCACCGGAUAAACAUAUAGUCGGUUAA